AUGGUGAUAGGGUUACCAAAUAUAAAAGCUCCUAGUAAUCCUUGUGAAAGUUGUAUACUAGGAAAACAUCAGAGAGAUUCAUUUCUGAUUAGAAAUUCAAGGCGUGCAAAACAGUCAUUAGAGUUAGUUCACACUGAUAUAUGUGGACCGGUUGAGGUAGAAUCUAUUGGUCACAAAAGGUAUUUUUUACUUUUCGUGGAUGAUUAUACAAGCAAAAUAUGGAUAUAUUUUCUUAGAGAAAAAUUAGAAGCAUUCAACAAGUUCAAAGAAUUCAAAGCUCUUAUUGAAAAGCAAUGUGGAUCUUAUUUAAAAACAUUAAGAUUAGAUAGAGGAGGAGAAUUCACGUCUAAUGAAUUCAAUGACUAUUGCAAGCAAGAAGGAAUUAGGCGUGAGUUAACUGCAAGCUAUACUCCACAGCAAAAUGGUAUAGCAGAAAGGAAAAAUCGAACAAUAUUUGAGAUGGUGUCCAACAAAGAGCGUUCGUGGAAGGACACCAAAAGAAGCUUGGACAGUGAUGUUACAAAAGGUUACAAGUCAUAUAAUCCGGAUAGAAAAAAAGUAAUAAUAAGCAGGGAUGUCCACUUCGUUGAAGAUGAAGAAUGGCAAUGGGACAACGCGACUGAUACAAAUACUAAUGUCAGUGUGAAUGAAACAAAUUUUAAUGAUACUCUUGAACGUGUUACCACAGAGCCAUUGUCGUCGGCAUCAUUAUCACUACAUCAAGAAUGGGAUGAUGAUGAAAGUGAUAAUGAUGCAAAUGAUGAUAUAGCAAAUUUUUGCUUAUUUGCCGAUUGUGAUCCCGUUUCAUUUGAUGUUGCAAUAAUAAAUGAGAAGUGGGUCCAAAUAAGGAAAGAGGUGAUUCAUUCCAUUGAGAAAAAUAAUACUUGGGAACUAACUAGUUUACCACCUAGAAAAAAGGAUAUUGGUGUGAAAUGGGUUUAUAAGACAAAGUAUAAACCUGACGGUGAGGUAGAUCGCUAUAAAGCAAGGAACAGUGAGAAAAUGUUUAUAGAAUUAAAGGAAGCAAUGAAACAAAACUUUGAGAUGACAUAUUAG